AUUGCGCAACCGAGUAGCCCGCAUAUAUUGGGAUCUCAGGUAAAGGUGUGGGAAUACAGCAGGAGGGAAGCGACUGGUUUGGGGUCGAGGGAAGCGACUGGUUUGGGGUCAAUGGAAGCGGCUGCUGUAGGUCAGGUAGGACUCAAUUGAUGGCCCUUUUCUUUAAAUCCACACCGUCUUAACACCGCGCAGCACUGAAGCACAGCUCCGUUUUCCGCGUCCCCAAUGUUCAAGACGGCCAAUUACCCGACGGUGGAUCCUGCGCCCACCAUCAUGCACGGUACUUGGUUUGCCACGGGGUGCCGAGAAAACACGCCCGUGGCGGUGGAGAAACCUAAGAAAAAGGCGUUCAGCCUGGUCAAAAUCAUGUCUCUCAGCAACAAGAAGGGGCACGGCCAGUAUCCGCACCACAACAACAACAUGCCCUUUACGAUCCACUGUCACAUCGGGAAAGAGAUAAAGCACAUUUGCAGCAAUUGCAGCCGCGGGAACGACACGCAGGACGCUGAGGAAGUAGAAAGACUGGCUGCCAUGCGUUCUGAGUCCUUGGUCUCUGGCACCCACACUCCACCCAUCCGUCGUCGGAGCAAGUUUGCCACUCUGGGACGUCUCCUGAAGCCCUGGAAAUGGAGGAAGAAGAAGAGUGAGAAGUUCAAGCAGACCUCUGCUGCGUUGGAGAGGAAGAUGUCAGUGCGACAGAGCAGAGAUGAGUUGAUCAAGAGAGGAGUACUGAAGGAGAUCUUUGAAAAAGCGACCGUUGAAUUCCGAUCCUCGAUGGAUGGUGGAGUCUGCGCUCAGGAGCCCUCUGUUAAAUCAUCUAUGGUUCUGCCUACCAAGAAAUCUGUCACCUACCCAGGUGACCUUCAGGAUACCCCCGCCAAACCGCCGCUGUACCACAAACAGCCUCCUGCUCUCCCUCCAAAGCCUUUCUCUAGGAUCCCAAACCAUAGCACAGAUUCUUGCCAGCCAAUGAAGUUGCCCUGUAUGCCUGGCGGAAAGCACUCUCCACCUCUGCCUCCUAAGAAAGUGAUGAUCUGUGUGCCUCCAGGGGGCUUGGACUCCGCCACCUCCCCUUCUCCGUCCCCCAACCCCCUGAGCGCUCUCUCCCAAAAGUGUGCCCCUCCCCAGGGCAUGCCGUCACACCACGGCACCCUACUGCCCUCUCAGCUCGCCGGUCUGUCCAGUCUUCACCAGAGCCACGGUCACCCACUCCAGCUCCAGUACGGCAGCUUGCACGCACCCAGCCGCAUCAUCGAGGAGCUCAACAAAACCCUGGCGCUCUCCAUGCAGAGGUUUGAAAGCUCUGCGCUCCAUGGCGUUGGUCAGUGUGUGCCUCUGGACAGAAGAGAAGUGCCGUCUGUGAUUAUAGACUAUGAGGAUGAUAAGGAGAACAUGCCCAACGAAUCAGACUAUGAAGAUCUGCCCAGCAUGUACAAGGACGAGGACGACGAUGUGGACGAUGACGAGGACGACGACGAAGAUGACGACUCCAUAUUUACAAGUACCCUGGCUCAGAAGGUGCUGAGAAAAGACUCUCUGGCCAUCAAGCUGAGUAACCGUCCAUCCAAAAGAGAGCUGGAGGAGAAGAACAUCCUGCCCAUGCAGACAGAUGAGGAGAGACUGGAGUCUAGGCAGCAGAUAGGCACCAAACUCACAAGGCGCUUGAGUCAGAGGCCCACAGCAGAGGAGCUGGAACAGAGGAACAUCCUCAAACCUCGCAAUGAACAAGAGGAAAUGGAGGAGAAGAGGGAGAUCAAACGAAGGCUAACGCGGAAGCUGAGCCAGAGGCCCACUGUAGAGGAGCUGAGACAGGCCAAAAUUCUCAUCAGAUUCAGUGACUACGUGGAGGUGUCAGAUGCCCAGGACUACGACAGGCGGGCAGAUAAACCCUGGACCCGACUCACAGCAGCUGACAAGGCAGCUAUAAGGAAGGAACUCAAUGAUUUCAAGAGCAAUGAGAUGGAAGUGCACGAGUCAAGUCGCCAUUUAACCAGGUUUCACAGACCAUAGUAGACCACCACUGUCUCGAGCAGUGCCGGACCGGCACUCUCCUCCACUGAGAACCUUAAGUGCUGGACAGUAAAAUGGUGCCCGUUUCUACAAUAAGGCCAUGUCUUCUGAAAUGCCUUUUCAAGACCCACACAACUGAGUCGGUACUACACCACAAGAUGCAGACGCCCACUACUCUAUCCACUGUAGUAGCACAUAAUGACUCCAGUUGAUUCACAUUGCCCCUCUGUGGAAUUUGCUCGACUGUCUCUUAAACCUCUCUGCUGAGCUCUUAGGCAGGUGCUCAGUUCUGCGGCGAUUUGGACAGCGGGAGAGUUUUUGUUUGCAAUUGACUGACACUUGCGGCAUCUCCUGAGGGCAACUAUACCUUUGGUUCAUCAAUAACACCAGUGGACUUGUCUCAGUGGACAUGUUUUUAUCCCUCUUCUUUAUUAUGCCAUCACUCCAAACUCCUCUAGCUCUUAUUGGACAGCUCUGUGCGAGGAUGCAGGGUUGAUUGUUCUGAGCUCCCUACAUCAGCAGGAGAUCCAUCUUUACUGCACCUGCUGGGACUUUGGAAACUGCGUAGAAAGACACACAGGAGGGAGGGAGGGGUCCAACAUUAGAAUCAUGUGCAAUAUUUUUUUUUCUUCUGCUUUUCCUAGAAUAUAGCACCCCCUGGAGUCUCCUCUGUGUCAUUACUAUGUAGUCCUGACUUCUAUUCUUCCCUCGUGCAAUUCUCGCUGUACCGACAAUGUUGACAUCUAAUUGCUAACUGUGAAUUUGGGAGUUUGGGCGUCGCCUGCACUCUCUCCAAGUGUACAUUUUGUUUAUACAAAGGAAGGAAAGUUACAUUUAAAGAAGAAUCAUGCUUUACCAAGUUUCAUUCAUGUCAAAAUCUUAUAAAUUUAAUGUAAAAAAUUGCAGCUGGCAGAUAUAUUCUGGUCCCAGUAUGUGCAACAAUUAUCUGUUUUAUAUUAUUUUGUCGAUUUUUAAUUGUUUUUGAUAGAGGCACUUCAUUUAUGUAUGUUUUCACAAGUUCCAGCUCUUUGGAUUGAUGACUUUUGAUGACAAGAGCUAGGCUCACCACAUUAUUAUCGCUUACUUUUUUUUUUUUUUUGCAGCAGUGUGUUUAAUGAUCUUUGCUCAUAAUGUGCAUAGUAUUAUACACUUUACUUUUAUACUCAAGUCAUUAUAAGUUUUGACCAAGCAAUAUCUGCUGUUUGUAGAGAAAAGGUUAAACUGCAGGUGUACCCUCACCUUUUUUUUUUUACUGUGCUUAUACACUACGCCUCACUUCAGGGUUUUAAUUUUCUUUUAUACUUUAGGAAAGCUUCAUUCAGGAGGACUUUUUCUGCAUUUUUCUUGACUGAUCCACCUCAGAAAAAAAAGAAAAAAGAAAAAAAACCUGCCUCUUGGACAGCUCACAGACACAUUUGGAGAAUAUUUGAUCCAAUUCUCAAAUCUGUCACUGUACAUGAUGCAUUCUCUAGUCAAAAAAACAUGAGUACUGAUUUUAGUGGAUUCAAUGAGUCAGGAUUUUUAAAUUUUUAUUGCGAAAAUUCUUUGCACUGUUGAGAGUUUGGCUUUACAACGGUCACUGUUUCAAGGUCAGGGCCCAAGUGUGUAAAAUAUUGUUGGAUUUCUGAUCUGUGACCAGUUUGUCUCUUCACUUUAAUGGUCUCGUUACCUGAUCACUGAUCCUACACCAGUAUUCUAAUGCUCAUUAUCUUUAUGUACACAGAAUAUUUUUAUUAUUUUUUACUGUAUUACUUUUAAAGUUGCAAUAUGAAAUUCUUCUUUGUCAGAUGAAGAAAGGUAGGAGGGGUGGAAGACUAUUGGCCACCUACUAUGAUGCAUCUGUCUGCAAAGGAAAAUGUGUUCUCCCUUAAUUUCAAGCUCUCAUCCAGUGAUGGAUAGAUGACCCAAUAAAAGCUGGGAUCUGAGAACAUAGAAAAUUGUUUUGCACUUUAUGGUUUAUAUGUGAAAUAAUAGGGGUUCCGUUACAGUUUUGAGCAGUUCUCUUCCGAAUCAGUGCACAAGUUAGUCUUAGGUCACAUUGCCCCUUUUUUAAAAUCAAAAUUUAAUUGGGUCAUCUACUCUCAGAGACUUUGAAAUAUAAGGUAUUUUUUUGUCUUAGAACCAGCUUCUGUAUGAUUCCAGCAUCACCAUGCCAUUAUUUGAAUUUCUCCAUCCAUAGGUUCAGUAUGAUAGAGCAUAAUAGGAAUGAAUUUAUACAAAUACACUCCAGUUCUCAUUUUCAGCUCUAAAAAACAACCUGAGCCACUGGGCUGAGCAUGAGGUUUUCCAUUUUGCUGGAAUCAAGGAACAUGAAUUCAGCAAUAAUCUAUUUCCUUUUAAAUGUUGGUGGAACAAAUGGAUGAAUUUAAAAGUUUUUUUUUUUUUCAUUUUUGAAAUACAGAACACCGUGUAAAGGAUACAUCAUGCCAAUU